UUUUCUUCCGGCCGGCUGUGCUGUGUAGGUGAGUGAGUGUUGCAAUACUACGGACGACGAAGACAGGAGGAAAGAAGGGAGGAGAAUAAGGGAAAAGCAGGAUAGGGAGGGCGGUGUUUGAUGGGUUCGGGGGCAGAAAGGAGCAGCAAGAGCAGAAGAACGCAGCGAAGCACCGAAGCACCGAAGCACCGAAGCAAAAAGCCGGGCAUGAAGAAGACGGGAAAGAGGAAACCAUAUUUCAAGCCGCUGUUCAAGGUGAAUGCGUCCAAGUCGGAGGACGUGGAGAAGCAGUCACAGCUGAUGCUGGAGAACCACAAGAAACUGACGAACUCGACAACGACAACAACAACAAAGGACGGGUUGCGGCGAAACCACGCAAAGCCAAAGAAGAACCAGUACGUGCUGGUGCACUCGUUUCUGGACGACAACGACGUGGAGCCGACGGAGGAGAGAGCGGCGGCGAAGGUCGGCGGCCACGGACACCUGCACCACCCGUUUGACAUGGACCUGGGCUUCAACCGCGGUGUCGGGGGCGUCCGGCGCUCGUCGUCGUGCAAAAGCUUUGCCAGCGCAGACCACGCGGACUCAGAGACGGCCGUGUCGUCGAGCUCCAUGGCGACGUCGGCGUCGAACGGGCUCACAAACUUGUUCAAAAAGUCGCUCAAACGCAACAGCACGCACGAGGAGAACAACGCAGCGAUGUUGGGCAACAGUCUGUCGAGUGAGGGACUGGCCUCGAUGAAGGAGGUGGCCGACGACGUGGGCGGCCCGCUGCAGUUCGACCCGUUUGUGGGCUCUGCAGUGGGUCUCUCGUCGCACACGCAGAUGCAGGCACAACCACAUGUGCAGCCGGAGCCAGAGAGCGAUGCUGUAGAGAAACAGCACCGUCCAAGCGGGUUCAGGAAAUUCUACACGACAAACAAGGCGAAGUCGAAGUCGAAGCUCAUGGGCAGAGUGAAACCUAGGACCGAGCAGCCUGACCCGGAGGCUGCCGAGCAGGAGCAGGCACUGAAGCCCAUCACUCCCGUCCAGCAAAGCCAGCACGCCUUCCCACCACAGUCGUACGACUACUUUGGCAUCACCAAGGCCACCCGGAACCGAUCGACCUCGUCGUCGUCGUCUUCGUUUCUGAGACAGCAGCAAGCGCAGCAGCAGCAGUCAUUUCUGGCAGAUGACUCUUUUCUAUAUACCCCAAGCACCAUGGCCACGCCGAACGACACCCCUCUCGGAACGCCCUACGAGUCCUACGAAGACGUGGUGACCCCCUCCCGCACACCAACUACCAUGGACGACGAGAGCAACCUUGAGGUGUGCUCGAUUAACACCUCCAGCACAAAGCGGUUCAAGGCCCUCAAGAGAUCGAGCUCAAUCAUGUCCCUGAAUUCAUCUCUCAGCAUGCAGCUGGCGACACCCAUGACCACCACCCAGGGCGGCACCCCGAUUCCAGCCUCCCCAUUGGUCUCCUCCAUAUCUAACCCGGGAACAAGAUCCGCCAUAAAUAUCGGAGCAGCAGUUUAUCCGUCCAUCACAACCCCAGCUGUAGGCAGCAGAGCACGCAUCUGGAGCUGUUCCUCCACCGCCUCCAUCGGACAUCCACAUCUAGUGCAGAAGUCACCUUCUAACUCCAACAUCGGUGCCAAAGCCAUCUAUCAGCAGCAGCAGCAGCAGCAGUUUCCACAACAACAAUCCCAGCAACAGUUUCAACAGCAUCAGCCUUCGUUGACUAGAAGUAAAUCUCACACUACACAACCUCAACUCCAACUCCACCUCCAGCCACCGCCGCAACCAAUCCCCACCCAGCAUUUCCCGCUACAAGCUUCUCCUGCACCCUCGUUCCCUCCAUCGUACAAGUCUCCCUCAGUCAUGGCACAUUCUCCAUACCAACAACCCUUUGUCCGUUCCCCAAUGACCGGCGACGUUCCUGCUGGUUGCAGAAAUGGGCAGCCUGCCAAGAGCAGUAUCAACCUGGACAGCUAUCUCCAUUAUAUAGAUGAGAGCAAGGCAAGGGCUCCAAAUCCACCCGAGUUCUCCCAACAAGAGGCUCUCAAUUUCGGUAUGAAUCUCAAUGGAGAUCGGUCUGGCCCGCCCUCUCGGGCCCCUCAGCCUGCUCAAGCCGCCUUCCGAAUACAGACCCAUCAAUACCAGCACCCACAUCAGCAACAACCGUUUGUUCAUCCUCAUCAUCAGUCUCCCACGCAGACACAUCCGUUUGUUCACCAUCAAGCAAUCCCACAGAUGCCGCACGUUCCACAACAGCAGCAAAUACACCACGGAACUGACUCAACCGCACACCGCCUACAAAAUAUGAUCGAUUGCCAGCAGCAGCAAAUUUUGCGUCAGCAAUUGCAUCACAAUGACCCGCAGGUGCUGCACAAUCUACAAGCGCUAAAUGAACUAGACGAUCAGCUGAACCAACUGGAAGGUCUGGACGAAUUGAAUAACAGCAGCAGCAGUAACAAACUUCCCGUGGAUACGCUAGAUGGAAUGGAAAAUAUUGAUGACUCCAGAAUCAUGGACAACAUGUUGAAUGAAGAGCUGGAUCAACUAAUUAACAUUACCCGACUCGAGGCUCUUGCCAAGGAAAUCGAGGAGUUUGGAACUCAUUCGGCCGCCUCAGUAGUCCUUCCCCGGCAAUCCCGUGGCCCUGGUGACUACCCCGGGGACUACCCUGGCUUUCCUGUGUAUCAUCCGCAGUAGCCAAUUCUCUGUAUAUUUAUAAAUUUAUUUAUUCUCUUAGACUUUUCUGCUUCAAAACAUUCAUCAAAGUGUCGCAAAACAAGUCACCCACUUGCAAUUUCCUCUUUGGGUGUACAUUUUCUUAUUUUUCACAGAUAUUUCACGAUUUUCUCAUUUUUUCUCAUUUUUGCAUUUUUUUUCAUUUUUUUCA